AUGGCCGGCAUAACCGAACCCCCCUACCCCCUCCAUCCCUCCAUCUCCUCUCGAAUCCACCCCGAAUACGCCGCCUUCUACAACAAAUACAUCAUCAACAACCAACAAGUCCACCUCCAACCGGUCUCUGCUUCACGCACAUCCGGCAUCUUGAUCCCCGGCGGUGGUCCCGUCCUCCCCGUCGGCAAAACAGAAGAUAUUUAUAUCAAACGCGUCGAAACCGAGGGACCGGAUGUACUACUCCGAGUAUUUACGCCCGAGACUCCAGCCCCGGAAGGCGGGUAUGGAGUAAUGUUGUAUAUGCAUGGCGGUGGAUGGGUGUUGGGGAAUAUCAAUACUGAGAAUACGGUUUGUACGAAUAUUUGUAAACGUGCAGGCGUUGUUGUUGUUAGUGUUGAUUAUCGACUCGCUCCAGAACACCCCUUCCCAGCCGCCGUGCACGAUUGCUGGGAAGCCCUCCUCUGGCUCCACCAACCCUUAACAAUAACCACCCUAACCAUCAACCCAGCGCAAAAGCUCUCCGUCGGCGGAAGUUCAGCAGGCGGCAAUCUCGCCGCCGUCCUAACACACAAAUCUCUCCUCGAAAAACCGGGACAAAUCAACAUCGUGAAACAAGCCCUCAGCGUCCCCGUCACCGACAACACGGCUACUACGUCCAAUAACUGGGCAUGGAAGGAAUUCGAAUUUACGGCCGCAUUACCAGCACAGAAAAUGAUGUGGUAUCGAAAACAUUACCUACCCGACGGGAAAGAUUGGGGGAAUCCGGAGGCAUCGCCGUUGUUGUACGGGAACGAAGAUGGGCAUUGGGCGAAAUUGCCCCCUGCGGUGAUCGUGGUGGGUGAAUUGGAUGUUUUGAGGGGUGAAGGGGAAGCGUACGCGGCGAAAUUGAAGGAGAAUGGUGUCGAGGCGGAGGUGCAUGUUAUGAAAGGGAUGCCGCAUCCGUUUUUGGCUAUGGAUGCGGUUUUGGAGGCGGGGAGGGAGGCGAUUACCUUGCUGGUGGAGGCUGUUAAGAGCUCUCUCUAGCUUACCGGGGGACAUAAUUUCACAUCUUAGAUGGUUUUAUUUCAGGUAUAUAUAUAUACUCGAUAGAUAGCAAUUACUUAGGGUAACCUAU